AUGUGGAAAUUAUUUAUUUUUAUAUGUUGUAUAAAUUAUCAGAUUGUAACAUCCAGUUUAAGCGAAGCGAAUUCUACAACUUUCGAUUACAAAAGCGAAUUCGAAAAGUUUAAGAAUAAUAAUAAUCGUAAAUAUCUUCGCAACAAUGAUGAAAUGCGCAGCUUCAAGGCAUUUGAAGAAAACUAUAAUUUUAUUGAGGAACAUAACCAACAUUACCAGGAAGGACAAAAGAGCUUCAGAUUAAAACCAAAUAUUUUCGCUGACAUGAGUACAGAUGGCUACCUAAAGGGAUAUUUGCGACUCCUAAAAAGCAAUGUUGAAGAAAGUGCGGAUAAUAUUGCAGAAAUUGUUGGUUCUCCUCUAAUGACAAACGUACCCGAAAGUUUGGAUUGGAGAAGCAAGGGAUUUAUUACUCCUUCAUAUAAUCAACAAACAUGCGGCUCCUGUUAUGCCUUUUCCAUUGCGGAGAGUAUCGAAGGACAGGUUUUCAAACGUACCGGAAAGGUAUUGAGUUUGAGUGAGCAACAAAUCGUGGAUUGUAGUGUUUCACAUGGGAAUCAAGGCUGUGUGGGAGGAUCUCUGCGAAAUACAUUGAUCUAUUUGCAGAGCACUGGUGGCAUAAUGAGAGCAGACGAUUAUAAAUAUGUUGCAAAGAAGGGAAAAUGCCAGUUUGUUCCGGACCUAUCUGUAGUCAAUGUAACAUCUUGGGCUAUACUUCCGGUACACGAUGAACAAGCUAUUCAAGCAGCAGUUACGCAUAUUGGACCUGUAGCGAUAUCUAUAAACGCAACACCAAAAACCUUUCAGCUCUAUAGCGACGGUAUUUACGAUGAUGCUUCUUGUUCGUCAGCUUCUGUGAAUCAUGCUAUGUUGGUCAUUGGUUUUGGAAAAGACUAUUGGAUAUUAAAAAAUUGGUGGGGCGCACGUUGGGGCGAAUCAGGCUUUAUGAGAAUUCGAAAAGGAGUCAAUAUGUGCGGAAUAGCCAAUUAUGCUGCUUAUGCUAUAGUGUAA